AAUAUGUUAUUUUGUAAGUCACAUUGCUUAGUUAUUCACAUGUCUAUUUCAUAUACAAAUUAACGAAACUCUCAACACUACUGAGAUGUUUUCACUGGAUAUUAGAUCCGUUACGAAGCUACAAUUGUUUUUGUUUACCGUAUAUUUUUCGCAAGCAAGAGUUGUUGACAACGAGUGUGAAGGCGUCCUCGUGGGUAAUAUUGUCCAUGAAAAAGAAAAACUGUUAGAUGUUGAUAACAGUCCAUAUCAAUUAGCCAUUGACUAUGAUACAAAUACACUGUUUUUUAGUUUUACUAGCUCUAAAGAAGGUAAGAGUUUUGAAUCAGGCUAUCUCAACCUCAAAACUAAAGAAUUUCACACGAUUGAUGACAUAGACGGUGGAUUCGCUAACGCCGUGGAUGCGAUGUCCCAUACUAUUUACUUGGGCGCAGGUGAUGGUGUAUACAAAUUUAAUUUAGAUAGUAAAAAGACGGAAUACCUCAACAUAUCGAAUCACAAUAUUUGGCAAUUGUUUUAUAAAAAUAAUUUAUAUUACACAACGUAUCCCGAUGAACUCGUUUACAUAUAUAAAGAUGGAAAAAUUGAAAGAGUCCCUGAAUUAAAAGACACACGAGCAAUGCUAAUUGUUAUUGACAAUAACAAUAAUAUAUAUUUUUCUAAUUCAUCGGGACUAUACGUUCAUGAUCAUGAAGUAAAAUCUAUAUCAACUAUAGUGGAAUAUAACAUAGAAAGUUUAACAAUUGAUACUGUCGGAAAAAUAUAUUUUUGUACUGAUGAGGAUAUUUAUCGCCUUGUUGAUAGUAAUAAGGUCGAGAAAAUCGCCUCGCUGAAACAAAUUUUCGGAUUGGCCGUUGAAAAGGACGGAAGCUUAAUCGUUGGCUUAUACAAUUCCAUUAUUAGAAUAAAGCCAACAGAUAAGCAAUGCACCGUAAACGAGAUUUGAAUGGAUAUUUUUUUUGGGAACCACCAGUUACUUAAUUUUGUCUUGUUUAGUUAAUUAUUUACAGAUUUGUAAAUAAGUAUAUGAAAUAUCAUUGAAAACUUGAUAAAUGAUAAUAGAUGUGCCUGCAUGCUAAUUCAAAUGACAGAGUAAUAAAGUAUAAAAUUUCAAUCUUUGUAAUAUCAUAUUUUGGAAUUUUAAAAAUAACAGAGGAGCAAAAUAUAUGAGCAAAAUUUUGGUUUCAUUAUUAUUGUGUAAUAAAUACUCACAGAUUAAUUGUAAAUUAAACCUGAUGUAUACUUUCCCAAAGUAAAUAAACUGAAACCACCUGAGUGUUAAAUAAACUCAUACGAAUAUAUUUUAAAACCGCUGUUACAACGGAAUUUAAAAGGCAAUGAUUUAAAUCCCUAUGAAAUAUAACUUUACCUUUUGAGAUAAAGGAAAUCAAUCUACUUUUUAUUUAAUACUGAAUGAAACGGUUGUAGAUCUUCUGUAUUUUCAAAAUUGCAAAUGUUUAUAAAUUUUUUAAUUACUAUGUUUUAAUAUAUCACACUUAUUGUUAGUAUAUGAAGACUUCAAUACAAGACAAUGGGCGAUAAAACCUCAGUGUUACUUAAUGAAAUAAAACGAAUAUGAAAUAUACAUUUGUAGUCCGUGAUCAAAAAAAAUCAUAGACCAUAAUUGAUUUUUUUUAAUCUUCAAUUCGAUUGCUAAAAUAUUUUACUGCACACAAUCUAUUGUAACGAAAUCAUAAUUCUUUGACGAAACCAAAACAUAAUUUCGGAUGUUUUAUAUACAUAUAAGAAAAUUAUUUAAUUGGUAUUUAAAAUAUAUUAAAACAAAUAUAAUUUAUAUAUGAUAGGUAUAAUAUUAUUGGUGAUCAGUUUUUCACCUAUAUUCAAAUGGUGUUGGAUAAAUAAUUUAAAUACCUACUGUUAUAUAAAUGAAAAUCUUGUAUUAGGAUACUUUAAAAAAUACGUUGUCACGCCGAACUUAUUAGACUACUACCACUGAACCAUAUGCAAAGAACUUAUGGAGGAAUUAUAGAAAGUAAAAUUGCCCAAGUUAAAAAUUUAUGAACUCGUAACUUGAAUUUUCGUCUCCAUCCCGUUGAAUAUUUUUAUUAUAACAUAUUUUUUUUAUUCAGAGGUGUAAAUGUUAUUUGAAUAUGAAUAAUAAGAAAAGUUUAUAUUCAUGACUGACUCCAUGACAGACUGUAACUAAUUUCAUUUACUUUAAUGUUUAAACAAAUUCAUUGUUAUUAUUAACUCCUACACUGAAUUUACUUCCUGUUCGUAGAUGAACUCCAUGCUUUUUACUACAGCAUUCUCCAUUUGGAUAGUAUUGGGAAAUAUGUAAACAAAACAACUAAAUGACGGUACUAUCGACAUUUUAUAACCCUAAUACCAUAGAAUAUGGCAUGCAUAUAAUGCUAUCGUCACAGAUUUGGUUAUAGGACUGUACCUGCCGCCUAGACCUUCUAUCAAAGAUUGUGAUUGAUCUGCCUAUUAAACAUUUUUUUAAUAACUAAUAAAUAACGUCUUUUGAAAA